UCAUCAAAACCCAUUUUCCACCUGAAAAAACACAAAACAAAACCAAAAAAAAAAUAUAUAUAUAUAUAACAUUUUCAUUCAUAAUCAUUUCAUGAUGUCUGUGUUGUUGCUGAAAGAUGAAAGAAGCAAACAAGUUUUAAGAGGGAUAAAAACUGUCUUGUUUUUAAUAACUAUGAUCAUAUCAUUUUUAAUCUUUUCUGCACCUAUACUUGUUGCGAUUGCUGAUACCAUUGUUCCAACAGCUUUGUUAUCAGCCUCAAUUUCAUCACCUGUCUCUACUUAUCAAAAUAAUUUUUCCUUAAUACAUUCCAUAUCCUCUCAUUUAUACAAUUAUGAUUUUCGAUACUCCCUCAUCGAUAUUCCUCUCAUCUCUAUUAUCCGAUCCGGCAUCAUCUUAUGUGUUUAUGGAUUAUGUGACGGCCCAGGGUUAUCAAAUGGGCCGUACUUAGGAAUAACGACAGUAUGUUCAGUACUGUCGUUAUUGUUUGUGUCGUUAAAGGCAUCAUAUGUGUUUGUUAAUGGACGUGGAAGCGUUGAAGCGAUCGAAUUGGCGUUGUUUGUGUGUUCGGUUACAUUGGCAGUUGGUCAUAUCGUGGUAGCGUACCGGACUAGUUGUAGAGAACGACGAAAGCUAUUGGUCUACAAAAUUGAUGUCGAAGCUGUAUCCGCAUUUAAAAAUGGGUUUCAAAGGUACUCCAAGAUUCUUAAUGAUGCAAGGGUCAAAGUGAAACUGCAAAACUAAAAGGAGAAUCACAUAACAGUUACCAUUUUAACCGAUGGGAGCUAACACUAUUUUAUUUUCUCUUUUUCCAUAUCCACCCCAAUUUUCCACAUCAAAGUUACAGGUACUCCAAAAGGAUAUUUGCUACUUGGUGAGAGAUAUUCAACAUUGAUUUUUGGCCAUUUGUAAAUAUAGGUUAUCGGGUUAUUAUGAGCUGUUGUAUAGACGGGGAUUUUUGAACGAAUAGGAAGAACAAGUAUCGCAUGUGAUCUGUCUCUGAAAAUUACAAAUCAUGUAUAUAUAUCUUCAUGUUUGUUGGUUUAUUUAACGUAUUUAUUUGUUUA